AAGGCUCGGGUGGGGGGGAGUCGGGGAAGGAAACUCCAGUUCCCCACCCAGAAAAGAGAAAGACUGGAGAAGUCCUGCGGGAAGGAGAGGAGCUGGAGGAGGUCAGAAGAAAAGAGAUUUAUUAUAUUUAUUAAUCUAAAUUGUAUAUACACUUAUAAAGAGCGGGCUAUUUGGAAGGAGGAGACGAGGAAGAAAAGGCAAACCGUCUGGAACUGGAAACGGAGAAAUCCUCAGCCUUCUUCCCCAAGGGAUAAAGCAGAUUUCUUGGCAGAGAAGAGUUUUGGGAACUAUCCUCAAAGCCUCCGUUGAAAAACAGCACUGACUGCUGUUAUGUAUGCUGAACCAUCCACCAUGAAUUUCCGGAACCAUGGGUUCUUUCGCCGUUCUCCACCCCCUUCGGUGGCCAAGCCGUCUCCUGCUGCUGGGAACACAUUGUCAGUCUUGGGAGGCAUUGCUCAAAUCUCUCCCUGUCUCUAUCUCUGCUCUGGCAAUGCUGCAUCCAACAGACACAUGGUGUACUCCCGAGCGGUGACCUGUGUAGUAAAUGCCACCAUGGAAAUCCCCAAUGCCAACUGGCCAGACAUUGACUAUGUGAAGGUGCCUGUUCCGGACCUCCCCCAUGCUCCACUGUCCUUGUACUUUGACUCCGUGGCUGAUAGGAUACACCAGACAGGGAAGAAGAAUGGAAGAACCCUAGUCCACUGUGUGGCAGGUGUCAGUCGGUCUGCUUCCCUCUGUAUUGCUUAUCUAAUGAAAUAUCAUCGAUUGAGCCUCUUGGAUGCUCAUGAGUGGGUGAAGAGCAGGCGACCUGUUGUAAGGCCCAACGUAGGCUUCUGGAGACAACUCAUUGAAUAUGAACGCAAGCUGUUUGGCAAGAACACUGUCAAGAUGGUGCCUUCACCCAUUGGGUUGGUCCCAGAUGUUUAUGAAAAGGAGACCCGUGGGCUGGUCCCCUUGUGGAACUUAAGAUAAAGACUACCACUGAGAUGGGCUGUGGGCCAUUUUGACUUAAAAUGAAAAAGUUCCACCAUGUUAGGACCUUUAACAAGACUGUCCAGUGUGGUGGACCUUGAUAAGAAAUUCUGUUAACGGUAGUCUUUUUAUAAGACCUUGCAAUAUGAGUACAGUAGAUCAUGGAAAAGACUUAAGUUGCUUGAACUUUUCAGUGUGAUAGACUUUGCUGCUUGGUACCAUCCUGUCAAACAUUGCUAGGAACCUGUAUUUUGCUCAUAGUCUGAGAUGAGAAGAUGGUUAAACACAAAAGUAUAGGCAGUAAAGAUUGCUAUCUAAUACAGAGACUCCAAGGUCUUUAUAAAUUAAUCUUUGCAUAGUAAGGAGAAAGAUCUUUUCCUCUCCCUUCCCUUUCUGCUUCAAGAGUUUCAGAAUUCCUGUCUUGGGUUUUUUUUAUUUGAAUAAGCACAAUACACAUUCCUUUCUGGAGAGUUAAGCUUAAACCCUGAGGUGAUGGGAAUUAAAGCUAUCAUCUGUCCAAAGAUACAGUGUUUUGAGGAAUGCACAUCCCUAAACAGGCAGAAGCCGAGAAACUAAAGAUGGGAGAACUGUUAACAGUAGGUGAAAGACAUCAAUCCUACCAGGAAGACAUUAAUAUAGUCACAUUCACUAAGCAGGUUGCAACCUGGCCAUGGUGUUAUGCAUACCACUAUUUUAGGAUGCUGCUUCAAUUGAGGACUAUCUAAACUCUUGUGGGGAAGAUGGAGGAAUUUUUGAAUAUUAGCUCAGGUCGGUUAAGCUGGUAGCAAACAGGGUAGAUGAGUAAUCGGAAAGGGGUUAAAAUAUAAAUCUUUCUAUGACAAUCAAGCCUUCUUAUCUUUGUAUCUCUCGUUAGGAUUCAGCAGUCUGUAUAAGGGAAGCUUUCUCAACGCAUUACACCUUGAAAAAGAGGGAGAACAAGAGAACAUCUUGAAAGCUAUCACUACAGCCAGGGGAAAAGUACUACUUUAAAAAUAGUUAAAGCUACACAGGGAACAAGAAGUGGAGCCACAAUUUGGUGUGAGCAACCAGUCCUGUAGUUUUGAUUCUGUUAGGUGAGGGGUAGUAUUUUAUAAUCAAAGAGGGUUCCCUAGUGAAGCUUUUCUGAUAAUAGAGAUAUGGAAUUGGAAUAUGUAUCCAGAGUUGAGCAAAUAUUAAGUGAGGCUGUAGCAUUUCUUAACUUUGGCAAGUUUAGGAUGUGUAGACUUCAAUUCCCAGAAUUCCCCAGCCAGCAUGCUGGCUGGGGAAUUCUCGGAGUUGAAGUCCACACAUCUUAAACUUGCCAAAGUUGAGAAACACUGGUGUAGUAGAGGACAUCAAACAGGAGGUGGGGUAAUCCAAACUGGGUAGCAUUUCAGAGUGCUUUAAAUGAGUUAUUGGAACAGGUCCAUAGUACGUCCAUAAUAAUUAUAGGACGAUUUAUUAAAAAUGGAGAAAGAUGAAUCAGAUAUUCUUUGGGUGUGUUGAAACUCUCACUCCCAACAUUUUUAGCCAGCAUGGCCUUGAUCAGGAGUUGUAGUUCCAGCAUAACCAGAGGGGGAACUACAUUUAAGGAAAGCUGUUUUAGAAGAACUCUGCUAGAGACAACUUCUGCUGUAAAACGCCAGUCCAGGUGGAAGGGGCUCAGAUUAUCAGCAUGCACCAAGCCCACAUGUGUUUUUGCAUAAACAUCACACAAGCAUGGUCAAUCUAUAACCAGCAAGGGGUUUAUGCUUACAAAAGGAAUGGCUUAGCAGAUUUCAUAACUGUGCUUGUCUCUCCAGAAUGAAGAAUAUAGUUCAUUCCCACCUUGGAUUGAUUGUAUUGUCUUUUCAGUGCAACUGAUAAUACAAUUUGGCUUUUCACAAAACAGUAACCUAAGAAGUUUUUAUAUCCAUGUAUGCAGCUGGUAGAUUAGUAUGGUAUCUGGGGAAAAGGUAAUUUACUGGCAAAUUCCUCUUUUACGGUAUAAAUUAGGUGGGUGGGUGAAUUCUGUAACCUUUCUGUUCUUGUAGAAAAACUUAAUUGGAGAAUCUUUAGACAUUUCCAGAAGAAUACAGAGCUAAGGUAUUGGCCAGUGUUUCUCAAUUUCAGUAAUGUGUGGACUUCAACUCCCAGAAUUUGGGAAAUUCACACUUUAACAGCGAAUGAGAAACACUGAUAUAGGCCAUCAAACCAAGCAAUUCAGAAAUAUUCAUUUAUGUAGAUAGAAAGUGGCCAUUUCCCACAUUUACAGCAAAGAAACUGAACGGACAGUACAUCUUGAGGGAGCAAAGUUAUCUUCUUUACAGAUCUUAUUUUUUAACGUAGCAGCUAGGAUAUCUGUCAUCAAAAAUAACUCAUAUUUUGGCAUCUUACUUAGUGACAAUGUUAUGAAAAUACAGUGAUGCCUUUUUUUUUUUAUGGAAGAAAACUCAGAUGGAUUAUUUUAAGUUUUCUUUUGUAGACUGUUCCAGCACUUCCUGCAUCAGAAUUAUUAGUGCCUCUAAAUUUGUCUAGUGAAGGACAAUUGUAUACAAAAGCACAGUUUUGGAUAAAUCUAAGAUUCUCAUUUUUCCCAUGAAUAUUUUUCAGUUGUUCAAGCGGUGGCAUUAACAGAAGGAUUUGGGACUGAGAGCCAUGUCUAGAAGUGAUCCAUCAGCAUACAUAUCAGAAUUAGACAAAAUUAGAAUAAAUUUCUCCAAAUUAAUCUCUCAGUGGACAGCAGUAUCUACUUCAUUUUGCCAGGGCUUAGAAACUAAAUAGCAUCAGAUCUUGUUAAUAUUUGGGUAGAAACCAUCAAGCAUGUUCUAGACAUGUCCAGGAAGUCACCAGAAGACAAGCUCAACUUGAAAGAGAUGCUACUUUUUUUAUCUCCCAGAACUGCUCAUAUCUGCAUGGGUAAUUAAUUACAAAAAUCCUUUUAAGACUGAAUGUAGCACUGGUGAAUCUAAGAAUUGUGCAGAUGUUCAGAGCACAUCUUCCUUGCAAAGUAACUUUUGAGUUGGAUCCACAAGCAGAACUUCAAGGGACACCAAGGAGGAAUUUGUUCCAGGGCUUAGCACACAAGCUGGUCUUCCUUUCAAAUGGUAUAUAUGUGUAUAUAAAUAAACAUCUAAGGUCUC